GAUGAAGGGAGGGGAGUGAGCAGAGCAGCUGAGAGAAACACUAAGGGGAGAAGGCAAGGGACUGGGAGAAGGGAGGAUGAAAGCUCAGCAGAAGAAGGAAAGACAAAGCAUGCUUUCUGCAAUGCUCCUCCUGCCUUUUGCCCUCUCUGUACUCCUUGCCCAGCUCAUCCUGAGUCGUUUCUCUGAUUCCCUGCUCAGCCUCUCUGAUAGUGCCCAUACCCUGUCUCUCCUACUUGUCCUCUGCCCCCCCUUUAUUCUCUCGCAUUCCCAAUGCCUUCCCACCUAUGUUCGCCUUCGCCUUCCAACUCUUUUUUCUUUUCUUUCCCCUCUCUUACUCUCUUCCCUUAGUUUCUCACUUACCUUAGGAUCCCUGGGACGCUUCGUCCAUCCCCAUCACCCACAUCGUCCAGUUCUCAUGUUUGCAGCAGGGGUGUUGGGACUGGGUUUUAAUGCUGUCUUUAUAGCAGCCACUGGGGCAUGGCAAGAGACUUGUUUAAACCUAACUGGAGAGACAAAAAGAAGAUGGCUGUUGAUCUUACGCCUUCUGGCUUUCUUGACACCUUCAUGUCUCCUGCUAGCAAGCAGCCUCACUCUCCACCUCACAGACACAGACAGUCCUGUUCUGCACUAUAUAGACCCUGCUCUUUGCUUGGUCUCUAUUGCUAUCCUCGUUACUUCAGUAUACUCCAGCAUGUAUGAGAACAUGUGCAUUUUACUUCAGGCUGUGCCAUCUUGCUCUGAUCUAUGUGGACUCAAGAAAGACCUAGAGAUACUUUGCGGGCCUGAAGGUCACCAUGAUCUUCAUGUUUGGGCCCUAGCCCCAGGGCAUGGUGUUGCCUCACUACACAUUCAUUGCUCAGGGCCAGAAGCAUACCAAGUCUUCCUGGAACAGGCCCAAAUACUCUUUAAGCGCCAUGGACUAAGCCUGGUUACAGUUCAACCUGAGUUUGGGGCACCUGGCCAUUGCAAUUUAGCUUGUGGUCCCUCCUGCACCCAACACCUCUGCUGCGAUUCUCAGGUGCUGGAAGAAAAGGUUAUUGUGCCAACAAACCCCUUACCUUGAUAUGAUUCUCUACACU